AUGGCUUUCUUCAGCUUAUAUCUACUAGGAUAUCAAUAUCCCUUUCAGUGUAAGAAAAGAACCACAACUGAAGAAACAAAUCAGAAGGAUGCGGUGUCCAGUAGGCUCCCCCCAAUUGCCUCCGAGGAUGGUAAUUAUUCCGUCCACCAGAACAGCCACGAGCGGUAUCACGAAGCUGUGCGGAAGGUGCUGCUAAAAACCUUCCCCAAUCAGGUCUUCAAAGUCCCUGUGACUGAUGCUCAGAACUUCAGCUUCUGGUGGCCUCACAGCACGAACAUGCGCCCAGAGAAGGUCAUUCCAUGGAUGCAGGGUCCACGUCACUGUCUCAUCAAAAGCCCAAUGACCAGAUUUAUGGAUCAUUCAAUUCUCAAUGACAGAACCUUCAGUCUAUACUGA